CCAAGCAGCUGUAAGAUGGAUGUAGAGGCGCCAGUGUAUGACGCGCAAUCAUCGGCACCCGGCUCCCGGCUGACCCGGCACCGUGGGCAUAUGUCAUGCGUCGAAACAUUUUAUACGACAAUAAGAUAUAGGACAGGAUUGCUGCGUAAUUUGCGGAUGCAAAUCAUAUCACUGUUAUAUCGGCAAUCAAAGGAAGAAUAGCAGAGGAAUUGUGAACGAGUACCAAAAAUGAAAGCCUUGAAAAUUUGUAGAUAUUUCAAUGGACCAUUGAUCAAUUUUCAACAUUCAUUCUCCAACAAAUUGUUUGAAGGUAGAAAGAUUGAUAGAAUAGACAGAGCAAUAUCGACAGUGGAUCCUAAAGAUAUUAAACAUCAUUCUAAUUUAAAAAAUAAUUGGUGGGAUGAAAACAGUCCAGUAAAGGCUCUUCAUGUAUUCAAUCCGCUCAGAGCGCAGUUUGUAAGAGAUGGUUUGGCCAAUGCUGGAUUUAAAUUACAAAAUCCAGCUCUUCCGUUGGAAGGAGUCAAGAUUGCAGAUAUUGGCUGUGGCGGAGGUAUAUUGACUGAAUGUUUAGCAAGAAUAGGAGCACAUGUAACUGGACUAGAUGCAUCAACAGAAUUGAUAGAUAUUGCCAAAGAGCAUAUAAAAUUGGAUCCUAUUACAUUGGAAAGAGUAAAUUAUAUUCAAACAAGUAUAGAAGAGUUUUCCCCCCAAAAUGAGAAAUUGUAUGAUGUUGUUGUAGCUUCUGAGGUCUUAGAACAUGUAGAAAAUCCAGAAAUAUUUUUAAAGGAAUGUGUGAGAAUUCUGAAACCUGGUGGAUCAAUUUUUGUAACGACAAUAAACAAAACUGUAACGUCUUUGCUCGGUGCUAUUAUAAUAGCAGAAUAUAUCCUUAAUUGGAUACCACGUGGUACUCACGAAUGGAAUAAGUUUAUUGCUCCACAUGAAGUACAAUGUAUAUUGGAUAACUGUGGCUGCAAAACUGAAUUAAUUCAUGGAAUAAAAUUUAAUCCACUAACAUAUCAAUGGUCUUGGUCAUCAUUUGCGCCUAUUCAUUAUGGACUUCAUGCAGUCAAGCAAAAGGAAACUAGAAUAUGAUGAUAGUCCUUGAAAUAUAAGAAACUUUGGAGAAAAUGAUAUUUGAAUAAAAUGGAGAAGGAUUAAUAUAUAAAAUCAAUAUAUAAGAUAUAUAAAA